AUGGGGACGUCGAUUAGAUACUUCCAGCAUGAUAUCCCCACUGAUACCCACGAACACUAUGAGGUGACAUUCUUCACAGACACCGUUUUAACUAUAGUCACAAAAACACCAUCCUUCGUCGACACAUGGAUAUCCCAAAUCGAACACAAACACCGCCGUCGUCUCCACUCCCUCAUCGUCGGCCUUGAUGUUGAGUGGCGACCUAACCUCAUUCAGAAUCACGAAAACCCGGUGGCCACCCUCCAACUGUGCGUAGGAGGCCACUGCCUGAUUUUUCAGAUCCUCUUCUCUCCUACAAUGCCUCAGUCGCUUAGAAACUUCCUCCGUAAUCCCUCCUACACAUUUACCGGCGUUGGGAUCGAUAAAGACGUCGAGAAGCUUAAGGAGCACUGGAACCUGGAGGUUGCGAAUACGGUUGACAUCGGGGCUUUGGCGGCGGCGGAGUAUGGUAUGAGGAAUCUUCGGAAUGCAGGGUUGAAACGGUUGACGAGAAAGGUCCUCGGGAAGGAGUUGACGAAGCCCGAGGAUGUGACGAUGAGCAGAUGGGAUGAUGAAAGGCUGGCUGCGGAGCAGAUACAAUAUGCAUGCAUCGAUGCUUUCUUGAGUUUCAAGAUCGGAAGGAUCUUGAUUUCUGGGAAUGCGAACUGA